AUGAAGACUACAUCAAAAACAACCAACGCAGACUCAAAAGUGAAGAUAGCUUAUUCCAAGAAAAUAGAGAAAAGAAGAUGUAGUGAUCAAAAGACAAGGAUAACUAUUUGUUCGCUUCCAAACGAUUUGAUUGUCAAUAUAUUAGGCCAUGUUGCUUCUUUCUCAAUUUCUGAUUUUUUCAACACCAAAUUAAGUGGGAAGUUGUUUAACAAAUUAGCCAAGGAUUAUGAGGACUACAUUUACAACAAAUUAUCUCUUAAUGAAAUUUCAUGUCAUCCUUUGGACUUGUGCUUAAACAAGGAAGCCAAUUCUCUCUUCAUGAGAUGCCUACAGAGUCAAAAUUCAGAAGCUUUGUAUCGACAAGGAGUGAAGGAGUACUUAAAUUUCCAUCAAGGAAAAACAUCUGGCUUAACGCUGCUCAAAAAAGCUGCGACUAUAGCUCAUCUUGGAGCUUCUUAUCUCUUAGGUAUUAUUGUAAUUUGUAAGAGAGAGGACGAGGGAGACUUGUUCCCAACGAUCACGAUCUUAUCAACUGCUGAAAGAAAAGCUGAAGGUUUUAGCUCUAGGAUUGUGGUGCACAAAUCUGAUGGCGUGGCUUUGGCGUCUCAGACCAAGUUCUACUCGCUUCAUUUCAGCCCUUUCAGACUUGAUGACCAUUUUGGAUGGUCUUAUGCUGGCUGA